AUGGCGUCAUUUUCACCUUCGCGGGGCACCUGGUUGCUGGUGUUGUGCAUUUGUCUCGUGCUGCUACCAACGAAAGCGGCAGCGUUUGGAGCUGGUAAUAUUCCAUCGAUUGCACAGGUCGAGGGACACAACUGGCGUCAUGGAGAUAUUGAGGAUAUGCUCACCAGCAUUGCCUUCCUUCACGGCAAGAAAUGGACGUCUAUGCUUGUCAAGAGAACAUACUUUGGCAAUUGGCUUCGUGACUACUCACAGGCAGUCGAUGUUGGCUCCCUCAAGGGCGUAAAUGCUCCUACAAUUCGAAUCUUGGUCUGGGUCCUCUCAUUCAUGUCAUUUGGCUAUGCCACCGAGGAGUUCGAGGUGACCGAAGAACGCUUAGGUUGCUACCGUCCGGAGGAGCACAUUGACAACCCCAAAGGCUACGCAGAUGGCAUUGACGCUCGAACACUCGAUCCUCGUCUCCGUGGUCCGGUUGAUCCCAUUGAAAUUGACAUCGAUCUGCGUACCGGUAUGAAGAACUACAUUGCUAAUGAGAGCGGGCGAUGGGCUACCAGUGCCGGCUAUCUUCGUUACAGCUUCGCUCGAAGCAUCCACUUCGGUCGUCUCUAUACCAGCGGAUCACAGAGCGGCAAAGAAGCCGACUUGUGUGAAGCGCUUAGGUGUCUCGGUCAGGCUCUGCACUGUAUGGAAGACUUUAGCGCCCACAGCAACUACUGCGAGCUGGCCCUCCGUGAGUUGGGUCAUCGAGACGUCUUUCCACACUGCGGUACCCAGUCCGAAAUCACGGUCCGAGGAAAGCGCAUCUACCCCUUGGUAACCGGAACCUUUGGCGGCGUUGACUUUUUACACUCUGUCAUUGGCGAGGCAAACGAUCACUUCACCCAAUCUGAAGUGGACGAGGUCGACGUUGCUCUCCUCAACGCUGGAGCCUCCGGUAGCGGUGGUGGAGGCGCUUCCAGGGGCUUCUUGGGUAUCGACGCCCCGAAAGAUUUCAUCUCACUCAUCUCCAAGAUCCCUGGCGACGGAUCGGGCUUUGCUUCUCAAGCUAGGGAGCUCAAGGCCAUGGCUGAUGCCCAGGAGCGAGACAACGAGGCACGUUCUCGUGCCGGAGGGAACACUAACGUCGUUCCCGGCAUGAGCCCAAAUUUCGACCCAGUCAAGACUGCAAGGCAGAUUUACCCCAUUUUGCAGUUUCGCGACAGGAUUGUAAAGGCCAUUAGCCGAGGUAUCGAAAAGGUCCCUGGCCUCGAGAAACUCCUUGAGCACAUCAGCGAGACGCUGACUGCGUUCAUUCUCGGCCUUCUUGCUCCCUUUAUUAGGCCUAUCAUCAACCAGGUCUCGAAGGUGCUUAAGGAUGGCUCUUCCGGCGUCAUCAGCGCCAGUGCCAAUUCCCAAUUCGAGCCCUGGGAUAACCCCAGGAGCUCGGACCCAACACACUCCAUGCUGUCAAAGGACCAUUUCACCAAUAUUCUGAACUCUUGUGCUGGUCGGAUUGCAGCUACAGUACUCCAGUACACUGUUCCCCGUGUACUCUACGCUUGGGAGAACCCCAAUGUACCCGUCGAUGAAGUCGUCAACGACGUUCUGCGGGCAUUCCAUCAUCCCGCCCUUCGUGAUGAGCAUGUUCAGAUCCAACGAGACAUGUUCCGCACAGUUCAGUCUUGGGCCAAUGAACAUCCUCGCCGCCACGAACUCGACCGUCUUCUCUCUUCAGAGUCUGUCAAGCAGGGCAAGAACCACAUUCUCAACCAGAAGACGAAGGGUGGUGUCAGCGGCCAUGCUCACGACGCAUGGAACACAGUUACACAGCUUGGCCACGGUAAAGUGUCCGGGUCUCUCUGGGAGCAAGUCAAAACCCGAGACCUAAACUCCUUGGAGGGUCAUGAUGGAAAUCCAGCUGUGAACUAUACUUCCAAUUCUCCAGCUCCCCCUUCUCGCUAUUCACCGCCGGCUCAAGGAGGUUAUGGUUAUGGGGAGAGUGCGUCGUAUGUUUCUCAGUCUCAUACGGAAUCAUCUCAUAGCCAGUCUUCUGGCUAUCACCAGGGCUACCAGGGCCAACCACACUAUUCACAGCACGAAUACGGUUCCCAUCAGCCACAGUACCAACAACAGCAGUAUCACCAGCAACAACAAUACGGCGGCGGGGGCCAGCCUCCUCAUGGAUACGGUGGCCCAGCUCAGCCCCAGUAUGCUCCGUAUCAUGGCCAAGGGCACCAGGAUCAACAGCCUCCCUGGGGCUCUCAGCAUGAGCACCGACACGGCUACUAA